AACAACAAAAACGAUUUUAUUUAAAUCCCAGAGUUCAAAGGUUAUGCACAAAUAAAAUGCAUGAAUCAAUUAAUGAUAGUUUGAAAAAUAUCAAUUAUAGGAAUUUCGACUUAUUUAAAGAAUUUUAUAAAAAUAUUAAUGAAUCUGAUGAUUCUACUUUAAAGAGAAAAUGUAUUAAUUCGAAUAAAGAGGUUAUCAAGAAGAUUCGAAUAAAAAAUAAAAAAAAAGUGACUUCCAAACAAAUUGCAGGCAAUAUAUCAGAAAGCGUGACUCAAGAAUUUCAGCCAACCGAUGAGUUGGUGGUAACGAAUUCUAACCAAAAUUGGAAAAAUGAAGUCAAGAAUUCAAAGGUCACUCAAGUUGAGAUGAACCUAUCGAUAUACAAAGUAUGGCAUUUACGAUCGAUGAAAUAUCCAAUCGAUACCUAAUGAGUCUGGCAAAUUUUCUAACGAGUACGGCUAUUGUAGGCUAUAAUUUUUAAAUAUAUUAAUAGUUUAACUCAUUUAUGUUCUAGGAAAACCAUUUUAUGUUUUAAAGGAUAACCUCUUUUC